CAGAAAUAUUCUUUAUUUUGAAAUACACAAUUUUAAAAUAUUGUUUAUUUUAAACAGGAUUCCAGCUUUGCUAUCUAAAUAAUGAGUUGUCCUGAUCAAGACAUACUGGGCCAGGCUUUUGAAGAUGCGCUAGAGGUACUGCAACAGCAUUCUGAUGCUGAAAUGCAAUAUUCACCAGGUUAUAGAAAUUGCCUGACUGUGAUCAACCAUCAUCCUCACUUCCGAGCAAGUCCCAGCUACUCUGCAGCACCAUCUGCAGAGGACCCAGGAUAUAGCUGGAGAAAUGUAAUAAACAGUGCAGCGGAUUUUUGUGCAGAUGAAACUGUCUACCACACUCUGCAGAAUAUUCCAGAAAACCAAGUGGUGCAUGCUGCUGCUGGCCAGCCAAAAGCAGGGAAAGGUAGGAAAAAACUUCGACUGUUUGAGUACCUCCAUGAGUCUCUGUAUGAUCCAGCUAUGGCAAACUGCAUCCAAUGGGUGGAUAAGCCCAAUGGUGUCUUCCAGUUUGUCUCCAAAAACAAGGAGAAACUUGCAGAGCUGUGGGGAGAAAGAAAAGGAAACCGCAAGAUCAUGACAUAUCAGAAAAUGGCCAGAGCACUGAGGAAUUAUGGAAGAACAGGUGAAAUCAUUAAAAUUCGAAGGAAGCUGACAUACCAGUUCAGUGCAGUUGUUUUACAGAGACUUGCUCCAUCUUAUUUCUUGGGAAAAGAAACAGUUUAUCAUCCGUACAUUCAGUCUAAUCAAGAAUAUCAGUGUGCAGAUGACUGGAUAAGUUACAAUAAUUACAUGUAUACCAAUGGUUAUGCGCUACAGCAUGCUAACAGCUAGACACAUCUUUCACAUAAACAGGCCUUUGUUAGCUAGUAAUACUUUCUAGCACAGGAACUCUUCUCUGUACGUGGCUUUUCUUUUAAAAUAUCAUACCAACACACACUGAGGAAGGUUUUAAAAAUGAAAUUGGCCUAGUUUUGUUCCUUUUGAAGUUUAUGACAAACAGUCAGCGACUAUUCAAGAAAAACAGCAGCUCUAGGGUAGGUUCUGUUCUCCGCUACAUUAAUCAGACGAAUUUCUUCAGAUCAAGUUAGUAUACACAAGAUCAGGAACAAGGCUUUUGUGUGCUACUGGAUACCAAAGAUCCCAUUCCUGACAACAGCUAGCCCUCUUACAGCAGUCAUUAUCUUCACUGGA